ACCGCUUAGAGAGGACUGAAAGCCCUAUGAAGCAGUAUAUAAGUCUAACUGCUAUUGCUAUUGCUACUUUACUAUUUGCAAGCAAGCCAUGUCUCUUUUAUAUUAUAUCAGAAAAUGUAAUUUUUCAUGAAUGUCACUUACAGAACUACCAGUGGAGGAAAAAGAGCAGCCUGCAUCAUCUCUGAAUGUAGGGACUGCAUUGCUUGGUGAAACAGAUAGUGAAGCUGAACUUGUGUCAAGAAGGCCUGGUGCAGAAAAAGCAGAAACAAACAAAGAACAAACACUCUGUGUAGCUUACAGUUCUGAACAAUCAGACCAAGUUAGAAAUACAGAAGCCCUUCCAAAAACAUCAUUACCCAGAUCGCUGGGAUUUCUAUCUUUAAUCUGUAAAAUUAAUACUGAUGAAAAGAUAGCUGCUAAAGAAAACAACAAACCUCCCCAGAAAGCCUGUAUGUUGAUUUCUGAAAAUACCACUGAAUGUCCAGCUUCAACUUCCAAAGACAACAACACAGAGAUUCAGGAAUACAGUUCACUACCAACAACCAUGCUGUCACCUUCAAAAUAUGAGAGUGGAAGCUGUUCUUCUGUUCAGGUUUUACCUGAGGAAGAGGUUUCUGUUAAGGAGCAAGAAAAAGAAGAGCCAAUAAGCAUUUCAGAAUAUUUCUUUAGUGAUAUUUUUAUGGAGGUGGAUGAUUCAGAAUAACCAUGAAGAUUAUGAGAUGAUUGGUUUCUAAUAAUCCUAGAAGCAAUGUAAUAUCUUAAUUAAACAAAUGAUUUAUGUUUAAUAUAUUAAUAUUAAUAUAUUAAGAGGAAACUUGUUGAAUGAGAAAUAUUUUCUUUUAUUCUGAGCAGUCUGAUAUUUUUGAAACUGAUGAACAAGUAUGUUAAAUGUUAAGAUGUACAUGAUCAGAAAAGCUGUGUUUUUGUUUGAAUUAUGUUACAUUUUUCUAAACAUGCAUAUUUAGAAAGAUAUAGAAAUGCAAUGAGGAAUGGCAGAAUGCUCAUAUGCCAUGUCAACACUAUUUAUGUAAAUAAUAUUUGCUUCUUUUUGUGAAGUAAAUCUUUAUGGAAGGGAGAAUAUUAUCUCUAAAAUAAACAAAUUCUGGACAUUUCAACGUAAUAAGUACGUUAUAGGUAACGAAAUCUGAAGUCAACUUAUUUUUAUGUAUUUUUAUAAUGAAUAUAUGUGAAUUGUUUCAAAAAUAAUGUUUAAUGACUUUAAAUGUACAGACAUAAAUGUGAAAAAAUAUUUAAGUUGAAUGUACAGAAGGAUAAUUAUUCUGUGUUAAUUCUGUUCAUCCUGAAAAUACAUAGCUUCGCUAAAUUUUAUUUAGUACUAAGUUGCUAAAUUUAUGAAGCGAUGAGCUGCCAUUUUACAACCCAGGUAUACCAGUGAAGAGAAUUCAAAUCAAAUGUAUGAGAGAGUAAGAGUUGCCCCAACGUCAUAAAUACUCUUAUUUUCCGCUUUUUUGUAAUUUAAUCCCCCCCCCCUUAUUGCCCUGAAUUACUUGUUUAAUAACUCAAGCUAUACAUAUACGGUAUUCCAUUUCUCAUUGGAUUUUUUUUCUUUUUGAUCUGUAGUAUGAUUAGGACUGAAAAAAGGAACCCUAAAAGUUAAAAUAACUUUUAAAUUAGCUAUUGGAUCCUAAAUUCAAUUAGUGAUUGGAGAAUUUUUUUUCUCUAUAUAUUUCUUAAUCUAUGCAAUAUUAUGAAAAUAAUUGUCUGCAUCUACCAUUGUUCAUGUAUACCAUUUUGAAUAAUUAAGAAGCUAUUUUUAUUUCGCAAAUUUAUUCUGUGCAAAUGUGACUGUAGGUAGACAUUGCAUUAUUGCUAGAUUUCACAUGAAAGGUAUUAGCAUUUUUAAAAAUUCAAACAUAGACAAUUGGUUGGAUCCAGAUUUUUAAAAAAAUUACAGUUAAUAUUUGUCAUGACCAAAGAUGAUUUUAUUUCAGUGCCUCUUCUCUAAAGGUAUCCAAGUCAGUAUUCUAGUUAUUAGUAACAAACUCAGUACUCUAUGAGACUUAGAUCAAAUAUUCAGUGGUAAGAAUUAACCCAAAUAGUUCCACCAUAGAGCAGCCUGGGUUCAUAUUAACAUAUGGAAGAAUAUAUCCUCAAAAAUCCAAAAUAAUUUGCUGUAAUAAUUUUAAAUUUCAAUGAAAAAAAUGUAGCAUAAAAAUCUUAUUAAAGAAACCAAGCUAUAAGGUGCCUUACCUUUCCUUGCUAAGUGGAAAGAACAAGAAGAUCCUGUUAAUGUUUAUUAUAAACUAUAGUAUGUUUUCUUGACAAUGUUUACAAAAUUCUUUAAAAUAUACAGGUUCCUUUAUAGCAAAAUCAAUAUAUUUACUGAUGACAGAAAUACAAAUAACCUUGGUUAAUUGGCAGAACAUCUCAUUUUAAUUAAUAUGCAAAAAGGGUUCCUUUUGUGAAAAGUUUGAUACAUAUUUUCAGUGAUAUGUAAUGUUCACGUGAAAGCUUUCUCUUUCAAAGAAAGCAAGCAUAUAUAUGUAAAUUAUGUGAAUAAAUUUUUAUAUGAAUUA